AGCACCCGAAGAGAAUGUUCCGACAACGGUGUGCCGGCCAAACGCCGUCCUGGACGCCCACCUAAGAAUGGCUCUGUGAAAACACAUACCGAGCCGAAAGAAGCGCCUAAAGCGACUACGGGCCGUCGUGGCCGGCCACCGAAGAAAACCGCCGCACCCGAACCGGAAAUGGAUGAGGAAAAGGACGAAAAGGAUGCGGAGAUGAAGGAGGGUUCCGAAGUAACGGAGCCGUCGGUAGCUAGCGAGGAUUUUUCUGAUGUCAGCGUUGACAGCACGGAAAAGAAGACAACGAAAACAAAAAGUCCGGCUGCGGGCAAAAGGGGACGUGGGCGUCCACCGGGAUCUGGAAACAAGGCUGGAGCAGCGAAAAAAAGUCCAGCUCGCGGUAAACGUAAGAAUCAAAGCGAGAGCGAAGAGGAGGAAGAUUUCGAUGAGGAUGACGAAGAAGACACUGGCAGACGGCCGCAGCGACGGACGCCUUCCAAGCGCCCAACGCGGGCUGCCACCAGUAAAAAGACCAGUUAUGCGGAGAAGGAGGGAUCUGACGAGGCGGAAGAUGAGGAAGCUGUGGCGGCCAAACCCAAAGCGGCUGCAGCUACUAAAGCUGUUUCUGGCACCGGUCGUGGGCGCGGGCGGCCUCCAAAGAAAGCAAAGGCUGGAUCGGCUGACGACGAGUGAGACUGUUGUAACAACUCGAUGUGUUGUUUUAAUUCCGCAGUACAAGCUACGCUUGGGUUCUUGUAAUUUUUCAGAAGCACUUUUAGCGCUACUGUAGCCGAGCGGCUGCAGACAUUUUCUCAGGAUUUUCCUUGGAAUGCAUCUCGUUUAAUAGUAUUUUAUCACAACCCGUUAAAAGAUGUUUGUUCAACAAUUUGUUGGUGUUUGUUUGUGCCUGGAGAUUGCGUGCUUUUGAAUUUAGCAUCUGCUGGGAACCGAUUCAUGUCAUUUGUUUACUUCUUCCAUAUGCAGUACUGAACUUAAUGUCGGUUAUGUCAUGAAGAAAAGAAUGAAAAAACA